AUGUAAAAAAUUUAAUUUAAUUGUACUAUUUGUUUGAAUCAUUUAAGCGAUCCCACCUGCCUCUCUUGCGGACACACCUUUUGUGAAAAAUGUAUCAAUCAUCAUUUGAAACUCAAUCAUUCUUGUCCCCUGUGUAGAAAACCCACAUUAUCAGAAUGGCCUGUCAAUGAAAUGCUCAAGGAAGUACUGUUGAUACUUUUUGAACAAGGACCUGAAGGUAAAUUGUAUCUCCCUAUUCGACAUUUAGUUCUCCAAACAGAAUUUCCACAAAUAGUAUUAUGUUUGGAUUGUGGCCUUACUCCUAUUAAUCCAGUAGUGUUACCUUGCCAACACCUCUUCUGUCUGUAAUGUUAUCAAAAUGACCUGGUUUAACAGUACUGUCCUGUUUGUCUCCAACAAUGCAUGAUUACCUAGCCCAACAUCAAUCUUCUUUUCAAUUAAUUUUUGCAAUGGUACUGCGAAACCGAUGAAAAGUUCCUCCUCCAAGAUUAACAAGUGCAUUCCAUGCCCAUUUUUCUAUUCGAUAAGCAAAUAUGCUAUAGAAGGAAUUUCUCUCUCAGAAUCGUCGAAGAUAGAUAUAAAUAGUUAAUAAAAUUGGCCUCACAUGGAUCAGGUAAAUUUCCUGUGGUUCCCCUUACUGACCAAUUGCCCGUUUAUGCAGAUAUGGUCGAAAUAGUUAGCAUAACAGAUCAAAUAGAAAUUGUUGGCUGCGAUAGAUUGCUUAUUGACGCAAUCUAUUGCUACAUAAACGAUGAGAAAAUACCCUUCACUCCCAACACCUUCAAGGCUCUACCCAAUCAACUGUGGCUCUGCAAUUACACCCUAGUCAAAGAUAAUCAAGACAAGUCUUAGGUCUCGAACAAAAUCAAACAGUUUAUCCAAGUGACUUUUGCAGAAUUGACGGAGGAGAUGAAAUCGUUAUUUGAAAAACCAUAUCAUUUAAUGGGCAUUUUUGGAACCAAAUUUCAUUAAGUAAACCCAAGUCUUAUUAUGAUCCAACUAUUAAAGAUUACCAAUCAGUAAUUCUAAAAACUAUAUUAUUCUAAUGAUGAAUAAUUAAGAAAUUAAUUUAUCUGGAAUUUCAUUAAUCAAAUUUAAUAAAAAAUUAUUUAAAUUAUUGGUAACCAAACUCAAAAUGCCAAAUUGAAACAAUUAAACAUGGAUGAAGAAAUAUAAUUGCCUAAUUUGUAGUUUCAUAACAUUUACGAAGAAGAAGAAGAAGGCUUUUCGCAAGAUCUAAAUGAAUCAUUCUCAAAUAUGACAAUUACUCAACAAAUCAUUCUCAACCUGUUUCAUCUUCACAAAGUACCAUUUUUUUAAUGA